AUGAAAAUGUACCGCUGUAACGGUGGGGACGGUGAUAUUGCUCUGGGAGUUAGCAUACAGAAAAUCGAUACGCGCCAUUGUAUCGCACCACAGAGAGAACCUCUUUCCAGUAGUCCAAUAUCUGAGAGCCAUAACAUCAAGACUUUGAAGAAAGUGACCAAUACAAAAAAUAUUGUCCAACGGAUUAACGAAGACAAUACAAACUUUUCUGUAGAGGCCUCUGAAAAUCAAGACCUAAAAUAUAGUGCGGUAUUGGCCAGAAAAGCCUUUCAAUGCCUGCCGGGGGAAAAAACAGCAGAAUCUCUUCAGCUAGUGGAAGAAGAUGGUUAUAAAGAGAAAUCAGCGAAUAGUAGCAAAGCAGUUGAAGCUGGCCGCUGUAAAUCGCUUCCAAUCACAGAUGAUCUGACACAGAACAGUUCAGUGUCCCCCACACAGGAAAAUCCGAUAUCUGCUUACUUACAUCUAUUGCCUGAGAGGUCAUACGAGCAACUGCUCGUAAAUAAUAAAUCAUACACUUAUUUAGAAAACUCACAAAGUCCGACUACAUGUGCGCUCUUUCCUGACCAAAAUAUAUCUAAGCGACCUGAUGAUACUCUUCAUCUAGAGUUCCACCAAUGCGGUUCGAGAUAUCUGAAAUUGGAUUCCAAGUCCGAGUCUGAGGAUUUAAAAGUAAAAAUGAACCAAGAGGCUAUCUCUCAUGUUGUGGACCAAUCGAUACUCAUAGAGUCUCCACAGCGAUUUGAACCUCAAACUCCGGCUUUACAAACAAAUCCUUUCCAAUUCAAGGGUAGUGUCAUGUUGAGAGAAGAUUUAUUCUUGGCCACCCAGUCCUCAUGUGCAAAUCGUCAUGAUAAUAGCCCUAUUAUCUCUCGACCAUCGCCAGAAAUUUACGAGGAUUUUAGCUCUCCUACCAAGCGACAAAGGCUUUCUACUUCGCCCUCAAUUGAAUUUAAUAGAAGUUCUAUGUUUACUAAGCCCGGAAAAAUCCUACAACAGGAGAACGUUCUCGAUCAACACCAGCAUGAACUGAGUUGUGCCAAAGGAAUACUCUCUGGUGAUGUAAAUCCAAAAAAUUCCAACUCUGAAUCCACCCCAACUCAUGGGCUACGAUAUAAAGCACUAGCUAAUGAAAACCAAAAAAGAAGGAAAGCAAAUUUGGGGGCCUGUACAUCCGAAGAGUCUGACACGCAGGUUGAACGUAUAUCCACGCAACGAAUACAAAAAAAUAGAAAAAAAACUUUACAAAAGACCUCAAAUGUAGAAAUGCGUAGAUCAUUUUCCUCUGAUCACUUAGAGCCAUUAGAGUCUGCAAAAAUCGGAACAACUACUAAAAAAUAUGCCUUAAUUCUCCCUUUAAAACGUAGUGAGCAGUUGGCGACUUGUAGUCCUCGCACGCGUCGCCAUUCUAGCUCUCCGGAUGACUGUCACACCCUCGUCCAGAAUAACAAUAUUAGAUAUUCUAGAUUCUCACCUGCCGAUGCUACAUCAUUUGAAUCAAACAUAAAAGAACAGUACGGCACUGGCUCUGAACUCCAUAGCCAACGAAUUGAGAAGCAAAAAGAGAAACCAUAUCCCUGCUCAACUCCAAAUAAAAAUACACAGUCUAGCUUGCCUCCAUUACGAGCAGACGUACCAAUCAAACCUUUCGAUUCUUGUGAAUACUUUCCCCCUUCACUCCAAGUUCCCAUAAUAUCCUCAAAUCCACACGAUUCUCAGAUUGCUGCAAAUCAGAUCCUUCACACCAACUCAGACAACCCAGAGACAGUCCCUGAGACUAGUCCAGUAUCGCAACGACACUCUAACAUUAAUGAGGUAGUAGAUAUUUCUCUUGAAAAGGCCGAAGUGGUUAGUGAUAGUAUUCGGGAUAUGUAUAAAGACGUCGGGCUCGACGGCAAAUUUGGGCUUGAUUCAUCUCAAGAUCUCUCCAGUCUAGUUCCAAAGAAAGAAAAUACCACGGCAUCCAAUGUUUUAUCAAAGACAAAUGCUACACCUAUAUCUCAAGAAACCCUAGCAAAACAAAAGAAAAUAUUAGCUGCUAAGGAUAGUGAGUAUUUUGCUGGAGCGGAUAAGUUAAUGAAGUUUUACAAUGGCGCAAAAACGAUGAUGAAGUCCAGGGCACAGUCUAAAAUUGAAGACAAUAGUUCAUUGGAAGACAAACCUACGUCAUCAAGGCUCGGAAUUUCUGACAGUCAGAGCCACAAUUUAGAAAAAGUAUAUACAACCACAAGUCAGGGUAGUAGGGAAAAUUCCGCAGGCCAAAUUGUGAUGACUGAGAACCACACUACUGGUCAUCAAAAAGUCAAAAAAAAUAGAUCCCCCGACAAGAUAAUCGAACAAGAGAAAAAAGCUGAUGCUAAGGACACAGCUUGUCGAGGGAAUGAAUACGAUACGACUAAUCAUGAUGUACUUGAAAUUUCAAAAGAACCUCCAUCAGGACCAUUAUCUCCUAAUCCAAAGGCCAGUCUUCGAGCGAGAAGUGGUAAAAAUCGGUCGAGUACCUGGAAACAAACAAGCUUAGGGCCAUCUUCGGAGUCAAACAAAAGUAAGGUUCUGGCCUCCACUGUAGGCGCACGACGCUCAACGAAGCAGAAAUCGAUGGCAACAUCGAUAAAAGAAAUAGUGUCAAUUCCCUCAACUCGAUUAUCAAAGCGUCAAUCUGUCUUGUAUGCAUCAAAAGAGGGUAGCGAAGAUCCCCUAUCAGUAUCUCCACAACAAGCGCAGGGGCUCACCCAUAAAUCUGGACUUCUUUUUCAAUGUAUGGCAUUUGCCGUAUCCUAUGUUAGGAAUAUGAAAGAAAGAGAAGAUGUAACAAAAUUAAUAUUAGAAAAUGGAGGACACAUACUUGAAGAUGGGUUUGACUCAUUAUUUGAGCCAAUUUUGGAGGACUGUAAUGGGAUACACGACGAAAAAAUAAUACUCUCAUCGAACGGAAAAUCUCUGAGAUUUGCAGCGGUGAUUGCUGACGAAUACUCUAGAAAGGCUAAAUAUCUUCAAGCUUUAGCGCUCGGACUGCCUUGUAUUUCUGGUCGAUGGAUUCAAAACUGUGUAUCUAAAGCCAUAGUCAUUGAUUGGUCUUUAUUCCUUCUCUGUGCCGGUCAAUCAUCCGUCUUGGGAAAUGCAUGUCGAAGUCGCACCAUGCAAUUUUAUUCCGCUCCAGAUGCUAAACUAUCCCAAACACUCGCUGAGCGCAAAAAGAUCUUCGAAGGAAAGUCGGUCCUUCUUAUUGUGGGUAAGGGAAAAGCUCGAGAGAAGCGGAAGGCCUUUACAUUUCUUACGCAAGCAUUAGGACCAAACCGAGUGAGGUACGUGUGUGAUAAUUCAGACGCACGGAAGUUCCUACUUGAAGAUGAAGCUCAGGGAAAAACCUGGGAUUUAUUGCAUGUGCAUGAUAAAGCGAAAAAAGUUGAGGCUGAAAUAUUUGGAAGUGGUCGAAAACGAAAGAAUAUUGACGGUAGUGAUGAUGAAAAUACCAUCCAUUGUCCGCGGAAAGUGCGUGUGAUUACUGAUGAAAUAUUUAUCCAAAGCCUUAUCUUUGGAGACUUGAUUGAAGAGUAG